AACGAUGAAUCAUUUGCGAGUGCAUAAGUUUAAAUUGGGUGGCAAGGACAAUGCGGCUAUGGCCGAAAUUCCUUCCACUAAUGCCUCCGUGGACAACAACAACAGUCUCAAUAAUAACAACAACCACAACAACAACAACAAUAAUAAUGGAAACAGUGCAAAGGGAUUUCUCACACGCAUCAAGCGGUACUCAGUGCUCGGCAAUAAGCUCGGCCGCCGCCACUUGGGCAGCAUGACCUUGCCGGGUGGUGGCGGCUCUGGCAAAGAUCGUUCCGGCUCGCCGGGCAAACUGGCCACCGGCAGCUACAAUAUGACCGGCAGCAACUCCGAGGAUCAUCGCCUGGAGAUCGGGGCACCCAUUCUCAUAUCGACCACAACCCUGGACACCGAUCGCUUCGGUGUGACCGAGGCGCGGCUCAAGCAGAUCGGCGGUGGCAUAGCCAAGACAUCCUCCAUCGUGCGCACCCUGACGCCGCGCAGCUCCGACGAGGAGGAGUUUGUGGAUGCGUGCGGCACGCCGCAGGCGGAUCAUCACUCAGCCGGCGAUGGCAUCGACAUUGAUCAUUUUGAGACACCGACGCAUCAGCCCGAGCACAAGCUGUCGCCGCCGCCCACACCACCACCGCCACCACCACAAUCAGCACCAGCACCAGCAACACCAGCACCACCAGCAGUAGCGGCAGCGGCAGUUGCUGUGGAGCCGCCCCUCCGAUGUCCGCGCAUUGCCCGCCAACAGCAAUCGCAAUCAGUGCAGAACCUGCAUCGCUCCGAACUGAAAGUCUAUUUACACAAGUCGCCGUCGAUGACGCUGGACCUGAACAUGACGGCGCCGCCGCAGCUGGGCCUCAAUCUGCCCGAGCUGCCGGAGCUGUAUGGCGCCAGCGAGCUGAGCCUGGCGGCCAGCGAGAACAAGGAGAACCACAGCACACCGCAGCGCGAGCAGCGAGGGACUCAGACGCCCGAGCCGAGCCGAUAUAUGGCUGGCUUCAAUAGCAUUGACUCCUUGCAGCGGUCGACGGCGCAGCAGGGCUCCAAACAGAGCUUGGGCAGCUGCCGCAGCAGCCGGAGUCGCAGCCGCAGCAGAAGCAGAAGCCUGUUGAGCAACAGCCAGAUCAGCAUCACGGAUGAAUUUGACUUCGAUCUCAAGUCCGUUAGCUAUACGAGCCUGAAUGCCCAAAAUCUGUUCGUGUCGAUUGACGAGCUGCAGGAGAUAACCAGGCAAAUCAACGAGACGGAGGACUUCAAUCGGGAAAUCGAUCUGGAGUACUGCACGCAUCGGGAUCAGCUGCGUCCCAAUGAGCGGCGCAUCACACUGCUGAAGAACAAGAACCAGCGCCUGAUCAGCUUCAAUCACAACAAGGAGAAGCUGCGCAAGGGCUGGCACGGCAUGAAGCACUGGCUGGGCGAGGAGAGUACCAAGCUCAAGGAGGUGGUGCGUCAGCAAACGCCACUGAAGCGCGUGGCCCAAUCUAAGGUCAAUCUCAAUCAGUCCACGGCCAGUCGCCAGUCGAUGUCGCCGGAUCGCAGCCGUGACAUGACCGAGAGCUGUGAGGAUGUCACCGAGCGCACCGACUAUGAUCCUUCGCUGUCGCAUAAUCCCAGUGAGGAGGACUUGUCGCCGAAUGCCAAACGGUUCAAAGACGAGGGGCAAAACGGCUUCGAGGAACUGCGACGCUAUGUCAAACAGGGCGGCGACUUCAGCAAAGAGCUUAUAUUUGUUCUGCAAGAGCGUGCCGACUCGGAGCUGAUCUAUUCCAAGUCGCUCUCGAAGUUGGCCAACAAGCUGAACAAAGCUGGUCGAGAGAUUCCUGGCAGCGUGGCGGAUGCCUGGCGUGGUGUCGCUACAGAAAUGGAAAGUCGCAGCGACAUCCAUCGCCAGCUGGCAGUCUCGCUGACCGAUGAGCUGGUGAAGCCGCUGAAGACAGUCGUGGACAAUCACCACAAGACACGCAAAGCGGUCGAGAGCAAUGUGGACAAGGCGGCCCGUGUGCUGAGCGAGUGGCGUGCGAGCGAGGCGAAGGCCAAGAAGGCCUCGCACACGGCCGCCCGGGAGAACGAGAAGCUGCAGGAUGCGAUGCUGGACGUGCGCAUACAGAAGUCACCGUCGAUAGCGCUGCUGCAUCAGGGCCCCAACAAGCUGGCCGCCGAGAAGGAGCUGAAGUCGGCCGAGAAGGACUGCGCCAAGCUGGACAACAAGCGCAAGAAGGCCGAGGAGGCGGUCAAGCGGGCGGACGUCGAGUACUACACGCUCUGUGUGCGCGCCGAGCGUGCCCGGGUCGACUGGGAGAUGGCCGUGCUGCGCGGCUCCUCGCAGCUGCAGAGCAGCGAACAGCAUCGCGUGGGCAACAUGCACAACUUUGUGCAGCAAUACGCUCGCCUCAUCAACGACAUGAAUCCCAUUCUGGGCAGCCUGACGAACAAUCUGCAGCAGCAGCUGGACGCCUGCAACGUGGCCAAGGAUAUGCAAGUGGUGCGCAACAUACGCCGCAACUCGGAGGGGCCCAGCGAGCAGCUACUCCCGGACUUUUACUGUGAGCACACAACGCUGGCCAUGAACCGGGAGCGGCGCAAGCACUCGCUGAUCAAACUGCUGCAGCUGGUCAAAACGGACUUGGAGCGCGAACGCCGCUCCCGCGACGGACUGCGUGGCCUGUCCCAGUCGCUCAACAAUCAGGAGCAUCAGAAUAUUACCGACAAGCUCUACCACAUACGCUCGAUGCUGACCUAUUUGGAAGGAGCACGCUUGAAGCUGCAUACAGCGCUGCUGGAGCUGGAUCACAAGCCGCGCACAACGCAUCCGCUGGCCCAGCACAUACAGAUAACUCGCGAUCGCACUGGCCUGCAGCAGAGCAUCCUGAAGGUGCCCAACUGGAUGAAGAACAACGAGAAGACGCAGCAGACGAAUGCAUUGUUGUCGCAGGACACUGGCGAUGGCGGCGUUGCCGGCGACCAGGAUGACUAUGCGCAGUUGCAGGCGCAGACAAACAGCUCCUGUGCGAACAUUAGCGUGGUGGCCGCGCCCACCUCGGCGCUGCUGAAGCACUUCAAUCGUAGCAAGAGCAACAUUGAGAACUUUACCAGCCAACCAAAGAUAAUCUCGACAACCAAUGCAUCGCUGGCGGCGACAACUCUAAAUGCAGCGGCGGUUGGCGGCGGCAGGUCCAAGACGCUGAGCAGUGGCCAGACGAACGGACGCACUGACGAUCGCGGGCAGGCAGACGGCGGCUCCAAUCAGCAGGACUCGGACUUUGAUGAGUUUAGUUCGCAGGACGAGGACGAGGGCGACGGCGACGGCGAGGGCGAGGCCGAGCCGCAAUCGAUCCAGAAUUUCUAUCAAAACACACAGGAGGUGCAAAGCUCGUCGAUGAGCUCCCAGGGCGCCAAUAGCAAUUUAACCAGCGUCAGCUCCAAGGAUGGCGGCCAGUGCCAGGUGCUCGGUCGCUGCAAGGCCCUCUACAGCUACUCGCCGAAACUGUACGACGAGCUGGAGCUGACGCCCGGCGACAUCAUCGAGAUCCAUGCCAAACAGGACGACGGCUGGUGGCUGGGCGCGUUGCGCAAUCAAAUUGGCAUCUUUCCGGCCACCUAUGUGGAGGACUGUACCUAGCUACCGAUCUAUAUAAGUCACAUAGUUGUGUAAGAGUUUGUCUGACUGGAGACUUGAGUCUGUAUGAGUGCGAGCGUGCGUGUGUGCGUGUGCGUGUGCGUGUGUGUGUGCCUGUAAGAGAGAAUAUGGGAGCGUGAUAAUGGAGGAAAGUCGAAUUGUAUUUGAUAUCGUUUACCUUCCUUUUUAAUAUACAUACAUCAUAUAUCAUAUAUAUAUUAUAUAUCACAUAUAUAUUAUAUAUCUUACAACGAGCUUUAAAGGUCUCUGCAUUAAAAUAUCUAAAUUUUAACAAAAGAAACACAUUUUGUA